UUGUCGAAUUUUUAAACAAAUCAAAUAUUUGAAAUUACUUACGUUCUUAAAACACGAAAAUGUGACAGAGAUACACGAUUCAUCUUAUAUGAUUGUGGUAAGUCGAUUUUUCAAAAAUUAAGUCAUAAUAAAUGCGUUUAUUUAGCAAACUCGAGUUCAUUUUCUUCAAAUGAUCGUUGACAAGAAAUUACAAUUUGAUAAAUAAUGUUAAAAGAAAGACAUAUAUGUAUAUGGUCUUGUGUUAUGUGAUGUAAGAAUAUUACAGAGGUAAUCUUAGGAAAAUGGUUCAGACCUCAGAUAUUGAAGAGGUGAGUUCCUCGGCAUCCACGCCUGCUUUAUCAACUCCUAAACGUGAUAUAACAGAUAAAUCUCCCGCUGACAAUGAUUACACGAAUUAUCCCACAGAGUCAGUAGCCGCAGUAACUAUAGCUGUAUUAGCUGUGGUCAUUGUCUUAACUAUGGUGCUUGUGUUCCGUGCUUUAAGAAAAAGGCAGCGAGCUAGACAGGGGGAGCAAUUUGGCGAGGGACACAUUCCUACUAUUACUACAGGAGUUAUGGGAACUGGUGCUUCAGCUUAUGCUAGCUCAUUAGACUCAGUACCUGUCCGUGGACAGAUUAGAUGGGAAUCUAUAAAUCCUUCAUCAGGGGCAGAUAACUCUUCUCAGCAGCAGCCACAAAGAUGACAGCCUAUCUGUAUUGUGUUGACUGACAUACCACACCAGUGUUUAGUUCAUGCCAUUCUGUUGCAGUCUUAUUUAUGUUCUCUGUAAUAAGAGCUAAAAGGUUUCAGUUUUUACAUCACUCAAUUAUUUGUUAGUACUGUAAUGUCCAAUUACUGACUGAUACUCCUCUAUCAUAUGAUAUUACCAUGCUAUUAUCAAAGCUCUAGAUGCGUUAAAUACAUGAGGUGAUAUGUAUACAUAAUUUGAUUGAUAUAUUGAUGAAUUCUUGUUUGCACUUUAUUAGGGCUUCAGAAAUAAUGGUCAGAAUUAGAGGAUAUUGAGUCACAUAGUUGUUUAGCUGCUCUCAUUUCUAUAUUUGAUAUUUUGUUGUUAAUUUACAUUUAGCAUAGAGAGAUAUAUUGGAGCAGUAAUCUUGCCUUUUUGUUGUGAUGGUUUUAAAUCUCAUAUUAUGUCUGUGUCUCUUGGGCACCUGUCUGUGUCUAGUUAUAAAACCCCAGCCAACAUAAAAAAACAAUCAUACAGCCAGGGAUCAGUUUUGAAAUUAUCGAAUUUUUUUUUUGUUUUUUGUUUUGGACAAAAUAUUGAACCUGUACUGCCAAUGACAAGACUGUUUUUUGUUUUUGAUGCACCUGAUCAUUGCAAUAUGAGGCCACUUUUCAGGCCAAAUAUUUCGCCUUGAAAUAAUUUUUGAAUGUGCAUGCAACUGGUACAUUUGUAUAAUUGCCUCAUCAUGAAUACAGUAUACACAGGCAUGUUAAGUAUGUUAAGAGAUUAUAUUAUUGUGUACAUAUAAAAUGUGAAUAUUUCCUGACUCCUGUGAUUUGUUAAGUGCUGAUUGUUAUCAAUGACUUUAUUGCCUGUAAACUCAAACUUAGAUUACAAUAGAUUCAUUCAUAUGUGUAUAAAUUAUUUGUAAUAUGAAAAAUGUGGGAUUACUUUUGAAGGUUGGACAAUGGUGAGAGAUGAUCAACUUGAAGGUCAUUUUAAGUGUUUGUCAAUGUGAAGGUCAUCUUGAGGUCAGUAAAUAUGAAGGUCAUCAUGAAAGUUUGUCAAUGUGAAGGUCAUAUUGAGGUUAAGUCAAUGUGAAGGUCAUAUUGAGGUUAAGUCAAUGUGAAGGUCAUAUUGAGGUUUAGUCAAUGUGAAGGUCAUAUUAAGGUUUAGUCAAUGUGAAGGUUAUAUUGAGGUUUAGCUAAUGUGAAGGUCAUAUUGAGGUUUGUCAAUGUGAAGGUCAUAUUGAGGUUUAGUUCAAUGUGAAGGUCAUAUUGAGGUUUAGUUAAUGUGAAGGUCAUAUUGAGGUUUAGUUAAUGUGAAGGUCAUAUUGAGGUUUAGUUCAAUGUGAAGGUCAUAUUGAGGUUUAGUCAAUGUAAAGGUCAUAUUGAGAUUUAGUCAAUGUGAAGGUCAUAUUGAGGUUUGGUCAAUGUGAAGGUCAUAUUAAGGUUUAGUAAAUGUGACCUUCACACUGUACGUUAAUGCCCCAGAGCUGGUUAUGUACAGGACUUGAAGGAGGAGAAGAAUUCAAGAAGGUCAUAUUGAGAGUCAGUCAAUGCGAAGGCCAUAUUAUGGAUAAUCAAUGUGUAUGCCAUAUUGAGGUUUGGUUAAUGUGAAGGUCAGAUUAAGGGUUGGUCAAUUUGAAGGUCACAUUGAGGUUUGGUCAAUUUGGAGGUCAUAUGGAGGUCUAGUCAAUCACAGUGAAGGUAACUUUGAGGGUUGGUCUAAUGUGUUGAUCAAUUUGGAGGUUACACUGAGGUUAUGGGAAUGUUAAGGUCAUUUUCAGGGUUAGUUGAUAUGAAUGAAAUUUUUAAGUUUUGUCAAUGUAGAGGUCAUCAUAAGGGUUGGUUGAAUAUGAAGGACAUUAUGAAUUUGAUUAAUUUGUUACUUCUAGGGUUGCUAAUAAAGUCAUAAUGAGAAAACAAUUUACAGAUCAUGAGGGUUUGUAAAGGUCAACAUAAGGAUUAGUCAGUGUGAAGGUCAUCAUGAGGGUUGCCUGUUGGUAAAUGUAAAAGUCAUUUGGAAACUUCAUAUCAACACUGUUAUAGCUGACAAUACAUAAUUAUAAACAUGUGUAGAGAAUGGUUGGUAGAAGUUAUACUUUAUUAUAAUAAUAUGGCCAUAUGAAUUUGAUAAUCAUCCACAGCUUAAAAAUAUAAUACGCAUAAUAUCAGAAAUCAAUGGACCAGUGUAAGCUUAAGUUCUUACAGUGUAAUGAUGUACUACAUGUAUUUGUUUCAUGUGUCAGAUUCUUUAAAUACUACAAAAUCAGUCAUUAAUGACAUACAAAAUGUAAAUUAUUUCUUUUAUUGUAAAAUUUUUACUUUUCUUAAAACCUUAGUAAUUAUAAUUAUGAUGUUUUAACAAUCAAACAUUGUUGUAUCUUAGUCAAGGGACUUAUAAACAAAUUACAUUUGACCUGAAUUGCUUACACUUCUUCCAAUCAAUUUCUGUACUGUUCUUAAUUGUUAAUCUAUGUGCUUGAUUUUAUCAAUAAUCAUUGAUUAUUACAUUAUUUCUGAAAAUUUCAAAGUCAUUUCAAAUGUUCAAUAGAAGAGUGAAUGAUAACUUUUCAAACUUGAAGAACAUGGUGUUCUUAUUGUUGUUUAACCCAGUCACUGGCAUUGUUAAGGUCAUAAGAAUGGCAAUGACACUGACUUGACUUUAAUCUCUAUUUAUUUACAUAAUUUUAUCAUUCAUAAUAAUUAUGUUAUAUAGAUAUAAGUAUCUUAAAACUUCACAUAUCAGACUAUAGUUCUUUGCUCAUUCCACUUCUAUAUGUUAAAAAGUGUGAUAUACCAUAACCAGAGCUAGCUAGGGACCAAUACAAAUUAAUAAGUGGAAUCUUAGCCCUUAAACCAUAUUAGAACCAUAGACAGAGACCAAUAUGGGAACCCAGCUGAGAGACCAAUAUUGGAAUCUGAGAUUAUCACCAAUGUUGGAAUUUGAGACAAACACCAAUGUUGGAAUCUUUUAAGCCAGAGACUUAUAUAUUGGAAUCUUUAAGCCAGAAACAAAUAUUGGAAUCUUAGCCAGAGACCUAUAUUGAAAUCUGACCCAGAGACCAAUAUUGGAUCUUAGCCAGAGACCAAUAUUGGAAACAAUACGGAAGUGUAAGUCAGAGACCAAUAUGAAACACAAAUUUGAUAGCAGGUAUAUCAUAAUUUAUGAUCUGAUUUAGAAGUGGGAUUAUUUGU